UAAACUAUUUUUUUGACCUGUGAACAAAAAAAACUAUUUAUUUACCCUAUUCUAUUAUAGCUCCCAGACAAAACAAGACCGUUUGAUCAAAAAAAAAAAGGACAAAACAAGACCGUAAGUUUAUUUUGUAUUUUUAAAUCAAGAAAUAACAAAAUUCAAGAGCUUCACCAACUUACAAUAUAAACAAAAUUCAAGAGCUUCACCAACUUACAAUAUAAACAGAACGCGUGUGGUCUCGAGAAGUUUGCGCUCUGUUUUAUAUUGGUUCAUAAUCGUGUUCAUUUCUAGCCGGCAAGAGCAUAAGAAAGUAAUCAAUGGCCAAGCUUAUCUCGUUUCAUGAUGUGGCUAAACAUAAGUGCAAGAACGAUUGUUGGAUUCUUAUCCAUGGAAAGGUUUAUGACAUCAGCAGUUUCAUGGACGAACAUCCCGGCGGUGACAAUGUUCUACUCGCCGUCACCGGAAAGGACGCGUCCACUGACUUUGACGAUGUGAACCACAGCAAUGAUGCGAAAGACACAAUGAAGAAGUAUUAUAUUGGUGACGUUGACAAGUCAACUGUCCCGGUGACGGCGAAAUAUAUUCCGCCGUGGGAGAAAGAAUCUACGGCUGAAACCACAAAAGAAGAAUCUGGAAACAAGAUGCUUGUAUACUUGGUUCCUCUCUUGAUUCUCGGCGUUGCUUUCUUUCUCAGAUUCUACAACAACAACAAGCAGACAGCUUAAAAGCAAUUAUGUUGAGAGAGAGAUCCAUCGCACUGUUUCAUAAUGCUGUAAUAAUAUGUAGGCUUUGUGUGUUUGUAAUAAUGGCAUCUUCAAAGAAAUGAGUUGGCCCAUGAA